AUGGCGGCUUCUUUUACAACUCUGCCAAAUGUGGGCUCACUAUCAAUUCCAAGAAGUACUAAGUUGCAGGUAAAAUCAGGAAGCUCCAACGCAUGUAAUGCAGUGAAUUUUCCUAGUAGAAAUGCGUUGCCGUCAAAUAUUUCCUCGUCUUCAUCGAGCUUGUUCUUCUCGAGUUCGCUUCGUUUUGCUUCUCUUACAACCUCUUCCCCGAAGAAAUCUCGUGUUCUAAGCUCCGUUCGAGCUAGUGCAGAGGGUCCGGAGUUACAGUCAAAGGUGACCAACAAAGUAUAUUUUGAUAUAGGAAUUGGGAAUCCAAUUGGGAAGCUUGUUGGAAGAAUUGUCAUUGGGUUAUAUGGUGAUGAUGUGCCACAAACGGCAGAGAACUUCAGAGCUUUAUGCACAGGAGAGAAGGGCUUUGGCUUCAAAAAUUCUGCUUUCCACCGUGUCAUCAAAGAUUUCAUGAUUCAAGGAGGGGACUUUGACAAAGGAAAUGGCACUGGAGGUAAAAGCAUAUACGGCCGUACGUUUAAAGAUGAAAACUUCAAGCUGUCGCAUAUUGGGCCAGGAGUUGUUAGUAUGGCAAAUGCAGGGCCCAACACCAAUGGAAGCCAAUUUUUUAUCUGCACUGUUAAGACUCCAUGGCUAGAUCAAAGGCAUGUUGUAUUCGGGCAAGUUUUGGAAGGCAUGGACAUUGUUAAAUUGAUUGAGUCACAGGAGACAGACAGAGGAGACCGUCCCAUAAAGAGAGUGGUGAUCCUUGAAAGUGGCGAGCUUCCCACGAAUGAAGCAUGA